AUGGUAGGAUUGGGAUUACCUUAUAACCGCGACUUACCUUCCAAUAAAACACAAUUUAACCAAAAGUUACAUUUUUUCGAAAAUAUCAACAAAUCUCAACACAAUCCCCUCUUUACUCAAUUAAACAAUUUUAUACCCGGAGAUUCACACGAUAGGGUCUCCGGAGAUAUUACUAACAAGUUUAUCCCCGGAAAUACACAGGAUAGGGUUUCUGAGGAUAUUACUGGGGAGUUUAUACCCGGAAAUUCACAGGAUAGGGAUUCUGAAGAUCUUAGUGAGGAGUUUCCAUCUGAGGAUUCAUCUGGUGAGAUAAAAUUUGAUGAAAUUGGCUCAGAUUUCCACACAUCAAGUGAUUUUUACCUGAAUUUUAACCAAAAUUUCAACUCCACAAAUUUUCACAAAAUCGAUCCAAAUCUUCAAAAAGUUGAUAAAAAUCCUGAAAUAUCGAAUUCGAAUCAUAAAAUACUGCGUAAAAAUCCCAAAAUAUUCGAUAAAAAUCCUGAAAUAUCGGAUGAAAAUUCUAAACUACUGAAUAAAAAUCCUAAUGCGGCUCAACUUGGCACUGAUUCUGGCACUGGAUUUACCGAUUUUGACCCCGAAAACAACUCUACAGUAGAGUCCAGAACUUGUGUAAACAGUAAACUUCUUUCUGUUACUGCCAAGGGUAAUAUCAAAAUCAAUGCAGUGGACGAGAUAUUAACUGUGAAGCGUAACCUGAAUGCAGUACGGAGUAAUUCCAAUCUAUCAGAAGGAAAUGCAGUAAAAACUAAGAAAAGAUUACCAAUUAUGUACCAAGACGACGUCGAAGCGCUCCUAACCAGACAACCCAACGCCGUACGCAACUUCAUCAACUCUCUCAACUCACAACUCUCACACUACUCCCACUCUUUUAACUCUUUUAACUCUUCAGACAGUGUUGAUAGUAUGGAUAGUGUGGAUAAUGUGGAUAAUGUGGAAACUAUGGAGAAAGAGGGAGAUCAAACGUAUAGGACGGAUGGGUAUAAGAUGAACAUGUUUAAUCCUUUUUACACUACUGUAAAUGACCCCAACGAAGGCUUAGAGUACAGAUUAACAUGCCGUACCGAUUUCAGUCCUUUUAACACCUCUCACACUACUGCUGACAAUGUGGAUAAUACUGUGGAUACUUUGGAUAAUAUGGAUAAUACUACUGAUAAUAUGGAUAAUACUACUGAUAAUACGGUCAAUAGUAUGGAUAAUGUGGAAAAUGUGGAAAGUGUGGAUAAGAGUUUGAUGGAUCGUAUAUUUAAUAAGAGUUUUUUGCAAUCGUUUAGUACGUUGCCUGAGGGGGUAAAUUUGGUAAUUGACACGCCUACCAGUGCGCCGAGCGGGUCCAGUAAUCCCAUCAACGAUACUGUCAAGAGCUUUAACGUUAUUAACUCCGGAUGGGCAUGGCUACAGUCUACCAACACCAAGGAGUGGAUCCCCAAGUUUAUCAUACUCUUUUACACCACCGACACGGGUGUGAGUAACAGGAGUAACCCGGAUAUCAAUAAAAUGAAGAUUAAUACAGUGAAGAAGUCUGAGUUGUGUGCCGAUGAGGAAAGCUUUUGGAACAUCUACAACGUUUACAUUAAACUAAACCCCAAUCUCAACAUCAACUCUCCAAAUCUCAACUCUAACACAUUUAACAUCGAUCUCAACGAUUCCCCAAAUACACACACACCCAGUCUACACAAUUCUUAUACACACACAUCCAAUACACACACUAAUACACACAAUUCUUAUACACACACUAAUAAAUCUGCUAAUAUAAAAAAUGUGUGUUAUGGUUUUGAAAGCCCAUGUGCCCAGGGUUUGGACGGUUUAAUUAAGACAAACAGUAGGAUUUACUUGUGUAUAAUGAACUAUGAGCCGGAGAACUACUAUGAAAGCGUGUUAAACAGGAGAUACAUCCAGUUGUACCGAGUUGACGACAGUGUGCCACCCACCCUGCGUAGCUUUAACAAGUGCUGGUUAUCAAAGUUAAUCACACAAAAUCAUUUAAACCUCAGAUCACUCAACUAUAAUCUGCAACUCAUUACGAUAUCACUGGUGGAUAACUACGAAUGCUCAUUCAUACCACUCUGCGCAGCGAAACUGAACAACAAUGUCAAGUUUAACCUACAAAUGCAACUCGCAUUAAAGAACCAAAUUGAACAAGAAUACAACAACUGGGUCUUCAAACUCUGGGAAUACACUCUCAGAAAUAAUCAUACCAGUUGUAACACUGGUUUAUCAGGUUCCCCAGGUUACUCUAACACUUGUACAUUGGGUAAUUCAGGUUACAGUAGCAAUUAUAACAGUAGCAAAGGUACGUUUGGUAAUUCUGGUACCGUAUCUUUGAGUACGUCAUAUUCGUCGGAGCAGUUGGAGGUGGCAAGUUUGGGCACGGAUGCAGCGGAUUCCGAGGACACGGGAUUUCUCACCCGGGUUUACAAGUACAUUUGUACCCUUUUUGCCGGAAAAACUGAACAACCCGAUCAAACCAUCCACGACAAAUCCAAAUUCAGAACACAUAUAAUAAGAUCGAUAAGGACGAAUAGGAAUUUGGAUGACGUGUUGGAUCUGGGGAGUAAGGAGUUGGACGUGAGGAGUGGUGAGUUGGAUCUGGGGAGUGGUGAGUUGGACGGUCAGUGUGACAAGAUGCCGUCGCCUCAGAACUUUAUUAACUGGAUUGACAAGUACGGCUUCGACGAUCUCUCCAUCAAAAUGAACAUGUACACACUCGUUAAUCGAUCCUAAUCCUCU